GAUAUGUCACUUCUUGUUCAUGUCAAAAAAGCAUCCACAAGUCACAAGGUUCACAAGAAAAAUCACAAGACUGAAUUCUAAAGUCUAUGGACUAAAGAGUUUGGAGUUUGGAGGUGUUACAUAUUUUGUCAUUUUGUGGCAGUAAAUAAGUAUAUAUUACAUAUAUUUUUUGAGAAAUUCAAGUGUUUUUAACCAUGGCUUCUAAUUUGUCCGGAGCUGAUCCUAAAAUAAAAGAAAUUUUAGAGGAUGAUAAGAUAGAUAUGUUAGCUGCUACCAGUGUUUUACAACAAAAAGCUACAGAUAUUCGAGCUCAAAAAGUGAACUGGCAGUCCUAUUACCAAUCCCAGAUGAUAUCUCAAGAACAUUAUAAUUUUAUUGUGGCAUUUGAUGUAAAUGACCAUCAGAAAAGGGAAAGUUUAUUGAAAAAGGAUAGAAACCAAUGCGCUCAAACAUUUUUGAAUUUAUUAGGACAUGUGUCCAAAGAUCAAACUCUACAGUAUAUUCUUGUUUUGAUUGAUGAUAUGCUACAGGAGGAUCGCAGCCGUGUUGAAAUAUUUCAUGAAUAUGCAAAUAAAAAAAAGGAAUCUGUUUGGGGACCUUUCUUGAAUUUGUUAAAUCGUCAAGAUGGAUUUAUUACAAAUAUGACUUCGAGAAUUAUAGCCAAGAUUGCGUGCUGGUCACAGACUCCAAUGGAAAGGUCUGAUUUACAUUUUUAUUUAACUUGGUUAAAAGAUCAAUUGAAAGCUCAGUUUGACGCUUUAGCAACGACAUUGGUAUCAGAUCCUGGUAGGGGUGAAAGUACUGAGCAUUAUUCAGAAAAUCGUUUUGAUGAACAAGGGGUAUCAGGCAGUGAUAUAUCGAAUAAUGAAUAUAUCCAAUCAGUUGCCCGCUGUUUACAAAUGAUGCUUAGGAUUGAUGAGUACCGAUUCGCUUUUGUUUCUGUGGAUGGCAUAUCCACCCUUUUGUCGGUCCUCUCUGGACGAGUUAAUUUUCAGGUCCAAUACCAGCUUAUAUUCUGCUUAUGGGUUCUGACAUUCAAUCCCCUGCUAGCAGAAAAAAUGAACAAAUUUAAUGUUAUUCCCAUUUUGGCUGAUAUCUUGAGUGAUUCCGUAAAAGAAAAAGUUACUAGAAUUAUUCUAGGUGUUUUUAGAAAUUUGAUUGAGAAACCGGAAGAUCAACAGGUAGCCAAGGAGCAUUGUAUUGCCAUGGUCCAGAGUAAGGUUCUUAAACAACUACAAAUUUUGGAGCAAAGAAAGUUUGACGAUGAAGAUAUCACUGCCGACGUAGAAUUUCUGUCAGAGAAAUUACACUCGUCUGUUCAAGACCUUAGUUCAUUUGAUGAAUAUGCAACUGAGGUAAAAUCAGGACGUUUAGAAUGGUCUCCUGUACAUAAAAGCAAAUUUUGGCGCGAGAAUGCUCAGCGCCUCAACGAAAAGAACUACGAACUUUUGCGCAUUCUCAUUCACCUUUUGGAAACAAGCAAAGAUCCACUGGUACUUAGCGUAGCUAGUUUUGAUAUUGGAGAAUAUGUCAGACACUAUCCUCGUGGUAAACAUGUUAUAGAACAGUUGGGUGGUAAACAAUUGGUGAUGCAACUACUUGCUCAUGAAGAUCCUAACGUACGUUACGAAGCGCUGUUGGCAGUUCAGAAAUUGAUGGUUCAUAAUUGGGAGUAUCUUGGCCGUCAGUUGGAACAAGAAGCAGGGGCUGACAAGGCAGUAACAAAAGGUGCCGCUCCUGUAGCGGGCAAAGCGUAAUUUCUUGCCAGAUUUGUUCUUUUUUAAAUAAUAAUGCUAAGCAGUAUUUCCAUUUAUAUCUUUAGGUAUUUAAAAAACACCAUGUCUAAUGAUUCAACAGUUACUUGGUUGGCAUAGUGUAUAUGUAUGAAGUAACUGAUGCUUAAAUUUCGUCUCUUAAAAUAAUUCAUGUUAUGGUUACUUUCAUACGUAACUUACAUUCCUUUGUAUGGAACUUUUUGGCAGGAAUUGUAGAUAUAUUAAUUUUGUUUUAUUUGUAUAACUAAAAAAUAUAAAAUUGUUAUCAUUUUAGAAAGAAAAUAUAAAUAUAUAUUAGUUGUUAGUCUUUUUGGUUUUUACUUAUUUUAUUGUAGCAUAAAUUAAUAAAAAUUCG